AUGGCUCCUGUUAGCGAAGUGGGAAGCUUCUUGCACGGUGUGGAUGGUUUCGGACACGUCGGAUCCCAUUUUGUUCUGACGCCUCCUGGGGAGAGUACAGCUCUGUUGGGCGAUCACCUGGUCCCAGCGGAGAGGCUUUCCCGGAGUACCUCCGCGGAUUUAACGCAUUUGAAGGGGAUUCUGCGGAGAAGGCAGUUGUACUGUAGAACCGGAUUUCACCUAGAGAUACACCCAGACGGUACCGUGCAGGGGACGAGAAAAGACCACAGUCGAUUUGGUAUUUUGGAAUUCAUCAGUCUUGCGGUUGGAAUGAUAAGCAUAAGAGGAGUAGACAGUGGACUGUACCUUGGAAUGAAUGACAGGGGAGAACUGUACGGCUCUGAAAAAUUAACAGCAGAGUGUGUCUUCAGGGAACAGUUUGAAGAGAACUGGUACAACACAUAUUCCUCCAAUCUGUAUAAACAUGGUGACAAGGGAUCUCGCUAUUUUGUGGCCCUGAAUAAAGAUGGCACGCCGAGAGAUGGGACAAAGUCCAGGCGGCACCAAAAGUUCACACACUUCCUUCCGAGGCCUGUAGACCCAGAUCGGGUGCCAGAGCUGUACAGGGAGGUGCUGGGACACAGCUGA